AUGAAAUCUGUAAAGGCAUCGAAAUAUUUAUAUACGGCCUCUUUAUUCUUUUUUAUAUUCUUGGCAGCUGUAUGCGUUGCUAUUUCUGCUGUUGAUGUUAUUAUUCAAGCUUUAUCAAAUAAAACAAGCACUGGAAGUUUUGACUUUCGUAAUCUAGCUGUUAUUGGUGGUAGUUAUGUUUUGCUGGCAUUAGCAUCAUUUCUUUUUUCUUGUAGUCGAAUGUUAACCAUCAGAGGCUCAUUACAAGACAUUCCAAAACUUUAUAUUCCUAUUAAAAAAGAAGAUUUACCAAAGAAAGUAUUUUUGAAAAUAAAUCAAGAAUUCAAUAAAGCAAAGCAAACUAGAAAGUUAGUAGCGCCUAGACCAGAGGAUAUUCAAACUGUAGGCUGGGCUAAACCAGGAACUCCCUUUUUUGAAGAUUUAGAUUUUAAGCAAGCUGUUGCAAGAACGCCAGCUAUUAUUGAAAAAUUUGCAAGAAAUAUUAAUCCAGAUUACUUUAGACCGUUACAUGUACCAGUUCGACCUUAUAUUGAAUUAUUAAUAGAUGAGGGAUUAAUUGAUAAGGACCUUGGAUCCUAUUAUUUAGAAGGAUAUGAAAUUGCAAGAUUUAGUCCACAUCUUUUAACUCAAGAGCAAUUUAAAAAUAUUAUGAAACAUGUUGCAGCAAUAGUGAAAAAUAUGGGCUAUAACAUUAAAAAUAAUGCUAUUAUUACAGAUAAUGAUAGCCUUGAAAGGGAACUGAGUCGACAAACGACAACAUCAUCAUCUAUUGAUUCAACAACUGGGGAAAGUUAUUAUCAACUGUCUUGGAAAGAAAGUCACCGACGGUCGUCAUACCAUAGUCAGCAGCAAAAUAGUAAAACUUCACUGCACGCAACACUCAUGAAUGAUUUAUAUAAAUAA